AUGAAGGAAGUAAUUCGAGGAGCGAAAGACGCAAGGACUUCUGCAGCAGCAGCAGCAGCAGCGGCGUUGAAUGCCAAGUUAUUGUGCAAUGAUUCAGCUGCAACAAUCGCUUCACGUGCUACUGGCCUUCUGAUGACCGUUUGCUUCUUUCUUCUACCGCUUCUUUGGUCACAUAUGAUCAAUCGUAAUCAGCCAUCGAUCAACGUUUGUUAUCAGCACAACGCUUAUUAUGAUCCAUGGUCAGAUCUUACUGAGUUGCAAUGA